AGCUAAUGUUCUUGUGGUUGCAUGGCGAAUUGAUUUAAAUAUAGCAUGUAUACCUACUUUAACAUCCCUAUACGAUCAAUAAAACUGUAUAGAUCACACGUUGAAAAAACAAGUGUUGAAAGCAGGUGGCAGUCUGCAUGAAUAUAUAUACAAAAAUAUAUGGAUCACAUAAACUUUAUUAGCUAAAAUAUAAACUCUAGCUAAAAUAUAGGCUAUAUAAAUACAUAAAUAAUGGAUCAUUUAAAACAGUUCUGUAAGGUCUGUCACUAUCGUAUAUUUUCUUAUACGUAAGUUCAUGGAAAAAUUAUUAUAAGGUUGUAUUUUUUGUCGUAAUAUUUGGCUUGUAAUUAUUGUACGUAAUAGGUUGAUAUUGCUUCCUUCAUCCACCCCAAUCAUUUGUGGAAACUCGACUUCUUUUCUUAUGCAGUUAGGCUCAAUAAUUUGCUGUGGGGAAACCUACAACGAUGUUUUUUCCAGGGAAAAUAUUCGUAAAUGUCUUGAUUGCUGAUAUUUCACGUUUCUCCGAUCGGCAUUCGGCCAUUUGACAGUGUCUAAAGCCUAUUGGAUAAGGAAGUGAUCACGUGUAUCGUGAAAUGCCUAUACUUUGAUAGUGACCGAUUCUAUUGCAUCCAAUCGCGUUGGACUGGAAAUGUUUGCAGGCGAUGUAACACCAACUGUUUCACGACCGUCACCGAUUAAAGUUGAAUUGAAAGAGAAGGAAAAGCGCAUCGUUUUUGAGGCUAUGAAUGAGUAUGGCUUGCAGAAACCUAACGGCAGAAUUGAAACAACGUCGCUGUCAGUUAGCGGAUCGCGCUCAAAAAUUCUUCAAAAACUUCUGGAGAAAGACACUGAACAGCUCAAGUUGAGCUCUCACGACAAAAAGUCGAAUGAUAAAAAGGGCUUGUUUUCCGCCGUUGUAAAUAACGAAGAAGGGAAAUCCUUUAACAAGGAUAAAUAUUCAACAAACAUAAGCAAGGUAUUGCCAAGUAAAUGCGCUCCCGAAAAUCCCAUGCGAAGCAGCGACUCCGCUCGAAAUAGUGAAAAGGUCGAAAUUUACUCGAGGACUUCUACUGUUCAAAACGCCAAAGAAAGUACAAGAUCAACCAUUAAUGGUAAAAGUUUUGAAGAAAAACUCAAACUUAAGAAGUCAAUGUCGCCGUCUUUGAAUGCACUUAUCGAAAAGGAUGCCCAGAACAGUCAGCGUUUUCAUGAAGAUAAAAAAGAUCUGUGGAUUAGCGAGAUCAGGUACAAAGAAAGCAGUAAAGAAGCAUCGAAUAGCUUUGACAACAUCGAAGUGAAAGUUUCAAAGAAAGCAGAGAAAAAUUCUGAAAAUACUGUUCGUAAAGGCUUUGGAAAUGUGUUUGUACUUUCGGAAAAACCUACUAAAUAUUCCUCUAAAAGAGAGCGGGAGGACAUAUUAAGGAAAAUUUCAUCUUAUAGUCAAAAAAACGACGAUCUUUUGUCGAUUCGUCCGAAACUGUCGUGUGACAGCAAAACAAAGGCGGGAAAAAUCUCAAGGGAAUUUCCAUAUAUAGAAAUGUCUAUGAAUGAUGAAGAUUUGCUCUUUUCUGUACGAGAAAGGCGAAAUAAGUUUACAAAAGAUCAGCAAAAUGUUUCAUCAAGCGAGAAAACAACGACAACACACCGGAAGGAAUGUUUGUUUACGUUGAGAGAUGUUUCCAGUGCAUUAUCUCUUCAUGAAACUAUCCAAGAUAAGCUGAUUGACGAUAAACACAAACACGAAAAUUUCGUCAUCGUUGAAGAUGGUUUAACUCCUGGUAAUGUCCAAAUGAACGCCGAGUCUACGUCUGUUGAAGAGUGUUCAUCAAAUUCUCAAGAUUCUGAUGUUUCAGGCAAUAUUGAAAAGAACGAACGUGUUUUUUGUGGACAGUACAGACUGGAAAAGUCUGAAAUAAGGAUUGGAAAUACGGCAGGCGACAAUCAUACUAAACAGAUAAACAUAGCAAAUAAGUCUGUGGAUGCCUUAGAACAACGCUCAAUCUCAAAAUCUUUGGCUGAUCUUUUGGCAAAGGAUGAAACACUAGAUUCCAAUAUAAUACAUGAAAACGACGCUCAAAAUUCAUAUCUUCCCAACGAUAAAACAAAAGAGCUUAAAAGGACAACGCUCCGUAGUGCACCCGCUUCGUCAAAUCCUGAUGGUCUCGUUCAGUCGACAGAAAAAACGCGUGAAAAUCAGGUGCACCUUCCUUGCAACAAUAGGAUCGAAAAAGGCGAUUUUUUGCCGAAUAGUUCUGAUGUUAUUUCACAUAAUCACAUUAACGGUUGUAGCGCGUUUGCUUCUGUGGAAAAGACAAAGGAUAUCAAGUCCAAUACUAAUAAAUCGACUUCACCUCAAGAAACUGCCCGUCAUAUUAAUGGUCGAAUACAACAGGUUAUUCCUUCCCAAUUAAACCAGGGCACCAACCAUAAUAGGAAGCACGAUCACGUGGUGUCCACCACUACGUCAAGCUCUGUCGUUCGUCCCAGUCCUUUACACGAAAUGUCAAAUUUUCUAGCGAAUGGGGGUAAUUUGUCAUGUGAUCACGAACUAAAGAAACUUGUAGCCGAAUUCGAAGUGCAGAAACAAGACUACGAGGCGAAAAUUACUGAGCUUCAGUUACAACUGGACGAUCUGCGUCGACAGGAAUCCCAUAAACUUAAAAAAAAUGGUUCCAUUUCUGACAUUACAUCGUCCUAUUCACCCUGUUCUACACCCAUAUUGUCACGUGACAAUUCGUCACCAUGGACGACGCCAAAUCUAACUCCACGUGAUUUAUUGUCGGAAAAUGUUGUUACUUGCAAAAGUCCAGUCGCUCCCCCACCACCUACCCCUCCCUUCCUUCCUGGGCCACCGUUGGUUUCCGAGAAUAACGCUAGACCAUCAAAGCCAAUCAUUAAACCAAAAGCCGAAAUGAAACCUUUGUUCUGGCAAAGAAUCAUCUCUUCAAAUGAAUCAAUGACAAAAGUCAAAUGUAUUUGGAGCAAUAUGAAGGAACCGCUCAUCGAUACGAAUGAAUUUGAAAGGCUGUUCAGCAAGAAAGUUACAGGUCACAAAUUUAAAAGAACGAAAUCGCUUCGUGACGACAAACAUUUUGCUCACAUCAACGGGAAAAAGGUUGCAAAACUCCUGGAAACGAACAGGUCACGUGCUAUUGGCAUCAAAAUGAGCAGCUUAAAUUGUCAGCUUGAAGACAUCAUCAAUGCUGUUUAUAAUAUGGACACUUCCGUUGUUGAUAUGGAAAGUCUCCAGUCGAUAUACGAUAUUUAUCCAAGAGAGGAAGAAAUUGAAAUGAUCAACGAGCAUUUGAAAAAAAUUCCAUCGGUUCCCUUGGAUAAACCUGAAGAGUUCGUGUAUCAAUUGACGAAAAUGAAAAGUUUUAAGGAGCGCUUGGAAUGCUGGUUAUUUCAGGAUAGGUUCACUGAAAUCAUCUGUGGUACAGAGCGAUCUUUGAUGAGUGUUAUCGAGAGCUGUGAGAUCGUUACUACCAACUCUGAUAUUGCCAUACUUUUGAGUCUCAUUCUGGCGUAUGGAAACUACAUGAACGGCAACACCCAUCGCGGCCAGGCGGAUGGCUUUCAUUUGGACGUCUUACUCAAACUGAAAGAUGUGAAAGCGAAGGAUUGUGAUAUCAACUUACUUCAAUAUACGGUCAAGCAGUAUCAGAAACGGUUUAACAAGGGCGACUCGCCACUACCAAGUCACGUGUCAUUUUUCAACGCUGCUCAGGUUUCAUUCGAGAAGCUUAAAGAAGAAUUGAUCAAAUUAUCCCAGUUGGUCGACGAGACUGAGGCUCAAGUGUCGAAAAUUUUAGACGAGUGUUCUCCUGUUCAGCGGUAUCCUUUUGAAGAGAACAUGCGUAGAUUUCAAACAACCGCCAAACAGAAAAUCUCGGAACAGAGAGAGAAAUUGACGAUAGCCGAGAAUAAUUUCCAUGAAACUGUGGAAUACUUCCAAUGGGAGUCCAUUACUAAAAAGGAAACUCCGCAGGAAUUUUUUGGACUAUGGGCGAAAUUUGUGGAUGAAGUGAAAACAUGUAUUAAGAUGGAAAAACAACAGCACCAACUUGUGAAAAGGAAUUUCAUCAAAGUUGAACAUCUCAAUCAGAUCAGAGAAGCGGCCACAAAAUUCCAAAAACGACGUCAAAACGACGUGGAUGUCCUUACUUGAUUGGAUCACUUGAGAGGUCACGUCUUUUCAUCCUUCGUCCACUUCCUGUUUCACGAAUCCUGCUGGUGAGAAUAUUCUCAAAAAAAGUUGUAAAUUUUGCACGAAAGUGACCAAAACGUUGGAGAAAUGAUAUUUGGCGAGCGAUAAAAGUCUUGGUAUUCUUUCUUAUGAUAAUGGAAUAAACCGCACUGUUUUUUGGUAUUUUUGUUUAUGUUAAACGUGAUUAAAACUUCCCCGCAAAUCGUUCAA